UGCCAGAGCUCAAGCGCGUUGGACGUCAAGGCCAAAAUUUCCAGGUCUCUCGUGUUGAAGCUGGGAUAUUGACACUUUCGCCUCACGCAACCAACCAUACCGUGAUCCCCCUUCCAAUCAUAGUCUGGUCGCGUAUACAAAAAGGAGACUGCAGAAUCUUCACAAUGGCUCAAAAUAGGCAUUGGGAACAAGACAAAGAUGCGACCAUUUACAUCGGUAACAUCGACGAGCGCGCGAGCCCGGCCAUGGUGUACGAGAUCAUGCUACAAAUGGGCCCCAUCCACAACAUCCACAUGCCUCGCGACCGCGUCACCCAGAACCACCAGGGCUUCGGCUUCGUUGAGUUCCGCACGCCUGGCGACGCCGAGUACGCCGCCAACGUGAUGAACGGCAUCAAGCUCUACGGCAAGUCGCUACGCGUCAACAAGGCUAGCGCCGACAAACAGAAGCAGGCCGAGGUGGGCGCCGAGUUAUUCGUCGGAAACCUCGACCCCAUGGUCGACGAAAAGAUCCUUUACGACACCUUUUCGCGCUUCGGUCCCCUCGUCAACCUGCCCAAGGUCGCGAGGGAAGACAGCGGCAACUCCAAGGGUUUCGGCUUCAUCUCCUACGCCGACUUUGAGAGUUCCGAUGCCGCCAUCUCGAACCUGCACGGGCAGUACAUCCUCAGCAAGGAGGUUUCGGUCCAGUACGCCUUCAAGAAGGACGGCAAGGGCGAGCGCCACGGCGACGCCGCGGAGCGUGAGCUGGCUGCCCAGGCCAAGAAGAGGAACAUCGUUCCGGAGAUCCAGGCCGUACCACCCGCAUUCCUGAACGCACCGCCCCCCGGCCCCGUUCCGACUGCCCCCGCCGGCUUCGAUCCCGCAAACGGCCUUCCCGUUCCGGCACCCAGCCCCGGCCCCCCUGCCGGCUUCGCACCCCCGCCACGAGGACCUGCGCAGUACAACGCCGUGCCACCGCCUCAGAAUAUGGGCGUCCCCGGUGUCGGCCGAGGCAUGGUGCUCCCGCCCGCGCCUUCAGGCCUGCCGGCCCGCCCACCUCAGUCCCAGGGAGGCUACACCAACCCCGCCGAUUUCCACCCGGGCGCCCCGGGGUUCCGGCCGCCCAGCGGGCCUCCCGCCCCCCCCGGUUUCGCAGCCCCUCCGCCCAACUUCCCAAUCCCUCCUCCAGGUUCCUCCGGCACGCCGCCCGCGCCGCCCGGUUUCAUGCCUCCUCCUGGGUUCAACCCUCCCGGGUUUCCUCGACGGUGAAGGGGGCAGGCGGGGUACGAAAGUCACCACGCGAUGGUGCGCCACUCAACACAACACGGAGGCCACUGCUCCGACAUAGCAGCGCUCCAGGGAAGUCUUCUGGGGAGCACGUCGCUUCCAGAAACAGCAGGGCGUUCAGGAUAAGGACCGCGCAAGGACUUCGUUACAAGCGGGCUGGAUCAAACUGCAAUGAAUUCCCUCUCUCUCUCUCCGUCAGGAAGUGAUGGUUAGAACGAUGCGGUGGCGCCGCAUCAGGUGAUGGGAAAAGUUGAUAUCUUUGCUGAAUGUAUCAGUAGUAUAACAACCAAUAGCUACGGAGGGCGACCAGCCAUUCAAGUCAACAGUCGUCAUUAGUCCGAUAUUAAUGGAGAAACGAUGAGUCCAUACUCUGAUGUGGACCCCAAAUCGGUCGCUAGAUGUCCUCGCAGCGUAAGACACAAGGCAGAGAGAGA